GUCCGGGUCCCCCUCCCCACGCACCGACCAACGGAGAGAGAAAAAUCAUGGAUCCGAUCGAUAAACGCGAAACUUCGGCGUGGACGAGAAGUUCUGGUUGGUGCUGAGGAUCGAAAGCGAGAUCGGGACGCACCGGAAAGUUGAUCAUGUCGAGCAGAUCACUAAUAGUGGAUCACCAGUAGCCGGGUGAACCAUGUCCGGUACAGAGCAGUGUUAUCCGGACUCGGAGCAGGGCUAUACCGGGUCGGAGCAGGCUUAUCCCGGGCUGGAGGUGCCCCCGGACGCCGGGGCGGACUGGCUGCGGGAUGAGCUGGAGCGCGUGUCCCGGGAGCUGCGCGACACGAGCCGGGAUAAGAUCCGCGCGGCCGAGUACGGACUGGCGGUGCUGGAGGAGAAACAGCAGCUGCAGCAGCGCCAUGAGGAGCUGGAGACGGAACACGAGUCACUGCGGCGUGAACUGGAGCAGCUCAGGGAGGCGUACGGUCACGCCCACUCGGCCCAGCGGAAGGUGGCGGAGGACGGCGAGAACCGCGAGGAGUCGCUCAUCCAGGAGUCGGCGUCCAAGGAGGCCUAUUACGAGCAGCGGGUGCAGGAGCUGCAGGUCGAGCUGAGACAGGCCAGGACCACGCUGAGCGGCACCCAGAGCGAGAACGAGCGCCUGAGCAACCUCGCCCUCGGGAUGAGGGAGAACAGCGAGCUGAUGGACCUGCAGCGCGGCCGCCUGCGGGACGAGAUCCGCGAGUACAAGGUCAGAGAGUCCCGUCUGCUGCAGGACUACAGCGAGCUGGAGGAGGAGAACAUCACCCUGCAGAAGCAGGUCUCGCUGCUGAAGCAGAACCAGGUGGAGUUCGAGGGCCUGAAGCACGAGAUCCGGAGGCUGGAGGAGGAGGCGCAGUACGCCAGCAGCCAGCUGGAGGACGCCGUCCGUCUGCGCGAGAUCGCCGAGCGCCAGCUGACCGAGGCUCUGGAGACGGUCAAGAGCGAGCGCGAGCAGAAGGCGGCGCUGCGCAAGGAGCUGACGCAGCACGUGACCCUCGGGGACUCGCUCCUCAGGCUGGGCGAUCCCGGCCAGCCCCGCGACGAGCUGGAGAACGGCCUGGCGAGGGCGGGCGAGGAGGACGAGGACGACGUUCUGUCUGUGCCCAAGAGGAGCCUGGUGGACGACCUGCUGAGCGAGCUGAACAUCUGCGAGAUCCAGAAGCUCAGACAGCAGCUGGUGCAGGUGGAGAGGGAGAAGGUGGCUCUGCUUUCCUCCCUCCAGGAGUCUCAGAAGCAGUUGGCGCAGACCCGUGGGGCACUGGCACGCCUGAGCGAGGAUCUCAGCACCGCACGGCGCGCCCAGGUCGCCAAAGACGGCGAGCAGAAAGAGAAGGACGGCGACGUCACGGGGGGCGUCGACUUCUACGAGCUGGACAUCGACGGGCCGGAGAUCCUGCGCUGCAAGUACGAGGCGGCAGCGGCUGAAGCUGGAGGACUGAGGGUGGAGCUUAAAGCGGUGAAGGCGGAGCUCGAGGAGACGAGGGUCGGGUAUGAGGGGGCACGGGCGCAGCUGGAGAACCAGGUCCGCGACCUGUCGGCUCAGGUGAGCAAGCUGGAGGCCGACGCCCGAGCGGACCGGGCGCAGGUGGCGCGGCUGCAGAGGGAGCUGGACGAGGCGGGCGCGGCGGCUGGCGAGACACGGAGGACGCUGGGGGUGGCGCAGGACGAACUGACGCUGUUCAGCGAUGAGCUGGCGAACCUGUACCAUCACGUGUGCGUGUGCAACAACGAGACGCCCAGCCGCGUCACCCUCGACUUCUACCGCGAGGGCAAAGGCGGCGAAGACGACAAAAACAUCAAAGAAAACCAGGAGGGGAAAGAGAGCGCGGGCGCGGGCGUCGGCUCGGAUCCGGGUGCCGCGCGCGACUCCAGGAAGGAGCCGAUGGACGUGAGCGUCCUGUCGUCCAUCAUCCGCGAGCAGAUGCGGCACCUGCAGGGGGCCGUGGAGCGCGGCACGCAGCUGGCAAGACAAAGGCUGGCGCCUUUGGAGCUGGUGACCCCGCCCGAUAGAGAGCAGAUGGCCUACGUGGAGGAAAUCCUCAAACUCAGGUCACUGCUGAGCACCAAACGGGAGCAGAUCGCCACCCUGAGGGCCGUGCUCAAGGCCAACAAACAGACGGCGGAGGUGGCUCUGGCGAACCUGAAGAGCAAGUACGAGAACGAGAAGACCAUGGUGAGGGAGACCAUGAUGAAGCUGAUGAACGAGCUGAAGGCUCUGAAGGAGGACGCCGCCACCUUCUCCUCCCUCAGGGCCAUGUUCGCCACCAGGUGCGACGAGUACGUGAUCCAGCUGGACGAGAUGCAGAGGCAGCUGGCGGCGGCCGACGACGAGAAGAAGACGCUGAACUCGCUGCUGCGCAUGGCCAUCCAGCAGAAACUGGCCCUGACGCAGCGCCUGGAGGACAUCGAGCUGAACAGCGAGCAGGAGCGCGGGGGAGGCGCCGCCCCCGCCCGAAACAGGAGGUCCUUCUCCAAGGGCAAGGGUCCCUUUUUCACCGACCAGCACUAAUCGUAGCCGCCGUGGAGGUAAAACGCUUCGGUUUCCGGCUGCACGUCGUCCACGGAGAUCCUGCCUUAAAUAGGAAGAUACGAUGAGAGUCGACGCCCAUCGUGCGUCACUUUAAUUUAAUCAGCUGCACUUUCGCUUCUUUACCCGGUGCUUCGUUUUUUGUGUUUUGUUGCA